UAGAGAUGGGCGUGGUGGCUUCGCAUGUUUAGUUGCCAGCUAUCUGGCUAUCUAAGAUCAUAUAACCUUUGCCAGUCCAAGAAAAGCAGAGAGAGAUAGAUAUGAGGUUUGGAUUGCUGAUCUGUUUGUCUGUGAUACUGCUGUCUCUACAGCAAGCUACAGGAGUCCUCUGGGGCACGUUUGAGCAAACACCCGGUAUACACAAUGUCCGUGGAAGAGUGAGGCUACUCAAUGCAAAAACAAUUCAACUAGAGAACUUCUCCUUUGACGGAAAUGGAGCUGAUGUGUAUGUCUACUACUAUCGCCCUGGAGAUACCGUGAGUAGGUUUGGAGGAGGCUUUAUCAUCCCAGUGCCUGGAAGCAACAAUGCUGACGGACGUUUCAACUCAGGGAUACCCUACAAUGAUGAUGUGUUACUCCUCCCACUUCCUGACGGAGUGGAUGCUUGUGACAUCAGCACACUCACCAUCUGGUGUGACCCCUUCAAUUCUAUCUUCAAUAGAGUCACUCUCACAAGAAGUGUGUUUAUGAGUGAUGAUGAAGUUGGUGGCGCUAGUACCUGUGCCUUGAGGCCUGAGAAUAUAGAGGUCGCCCUGGUCACCCCGCCCCCCCCACUGGACAACUGCAUGUUCCUGGACCCAAGUCUACAGUUGAAAUGGAGAGUGGACAGAGAACAGUCCAACGUCAUGUUCCAACUCUGCGGCUGUCUCUCCUCCAACCCAGAUGUGAACCAGUAUAUGGGGUUUGGAGUGAGUGGCAGUGAUACCUCUACUCUGAUGGUUGGAGGUGACCCCACCAUCACCUGGGUGGACUCCUCCUCACAACCCAACGCCCGCGACUAUCACCUCAGCGCUUACACUCAGUGUGUGACAGACCAGGGGGCGUGUCCAGACACUGUCAGGGGCUGUACUGAUGAUGCCACAUUAGUGAGUGGGUUCAGAGAUGACACUCAACAGUGUGUCACCUUCACCCGUCCAUUCACUCCAACUGACGUGGGUACGUGUGAUCGACCUUUGGACCCUGACAACACACAGCUGUACAUGGUGUGGGGAGUGGGUAGUCUUGGAUCUACAGCAUUUAGACACUUCCUGCGAGCACAGGCUACUGACUCUCCAAUACACCUUGGUCGUACUCCCCUAGACUCGUGUGGAACCACACCUCUCUCUUGUACCACUUGUCCUCCCUAUGUAGGACAGAGGAUCAUUGCUAGAGACAAUACCACCUUCAGAGCUGUGAUUGGUCCGUCUGGCAGUAACCGUGGUUACACGAGCAUCGCUGGUCUGCCUAGUUGGGGCAUUGCUUGGUAUCUGAAUGGGAUCUUGAUUCCUGAGCUAGUGGUCCAGCGAGGUAGCACGUACACGUUCAUUGUAGAGGGUGGGGAAAACCCCUCAAUAGAGUCAGCCUAUCAUCCAUUGUACAUCACCAGCUCCAUGACUGGCUCCAGGAUCAGUGACCCAGCCAUCAGAAAUACGGAGGUGGUGUAUGCUGGGUUCACAGGUGAUCAGGAAACAGCAGUUGGUCGACUGUGUGAGCGGAUGGAGACCCCCUCUGCCCUCGCCUCCAGGACCUCCUGUCAAGAUCUCAAUGACUACCUCUCUAAACUAGAGGACGGUUCAGGGUGCAGUCAGGGUCAGGCCGGCACUCUCAGCUGGACCCCAGAUGAGAACACUCCUGACCCUGUCUACUAUCAGUGUGCCACUCACAAGAACCUCGGCUGGAGGAUUAGAGUGAUCAACGAGGGAGACCCUAUACCAGCUGGAGCCACGCCCACACACACUGUCACGGCACUCUCCAUUCUCCUCUGUGUGCUCCUAGCACUAUUCCUUGCAGGGGCUAAAUAGUAGCUCUAUUAUCUAACUACGAGGCAGCUGUAAUUUGUUGUAGUUUUGUGCGCUAUGCAUAAUUAUUAGUGGAACAAUAAUACAAACAAACAAACAAAUGUAUUUAUUGUCACUUUUUUUUAGCAUCAGCUAUAAUUAUGAUAAUGUAUUUAUAACA